UUCACAGCUCAUAAAGCGCAAGGCAAGUCACUCGUGCACGUUGUGGUGGAUAUUGAGAGUUGCCGAGGGACCGAAAGCCCGUAUGUUAUGGUAUCGCGUGCAACGUCAUUAUCGGGCCUUUUAAUUCUUCGUCCUUUUACGCGGUCAAAAAUCUGCAGCCGGCAGUCCGAAGAAACUCGAGAUGAAAUGAAACGAUUAGGCUGUCUACGCUUGCAUACU